CUUCUCAGACGAAUGAAUACGUUACAUUUGCUUCGUUAUUUUUGUUAGGCAUACACAUCUAUACUCAUAGAGUUAUAUAGUUUGACCUGAUUGACAACAUCAUGAUGUCCCUGUCGGGAAACUCUGUGUCACCCCACGAUGUCCUCGCUGUGUGGUUAUGUCUGCUGACAGUAUCCCAAGCGUACGUUAAUGUGGCUCUCAACAAACCAGCGUACCAACAGUACCCUGGACCAGGUGACACAUAUGACCCCAGUAACGCUGUAGACGGACGUAAAUCAGACCUGAGUGCAUGGGGAGGUCAAUGUGCUGAAUCAUAUAAUGGACAAACCGCCACCUGGUGGGUGAACCUGACCACCAUCCACAGCAUCAACCACAUCACCAUCUACUUCAGGACGGACAAUAAACCAUGGGGUUCUUCUAAUUGGCUCACUGAGUUUUUCCUUGGAUUCUCGGUGUACGUCUCCAAUACAACAGACAGACUACAGGGAACACUGUGUUACAAGGACGACAACUUUACACUAGAAACCAUACCUGCUGUCUUCACCACCACCUGUCCUGUAUAUGGACAGUACGUCAUAUAUUACAACGAGAGACUACCAGGAGUUACCUACCCUAGAGGUUACUCUGAUGAUGUUGCCAGUGCCCUCUGUGAAGUGGAGGUGUAUGCUUGUGACAGAGGGUCGUAUGGCAAAGAAAUAUGUGGACAUUGUCGUGACGUAAACAAGUGCUCCAACAUCAAUGGAUCGUGUCUGACUGGAUGUGACCCUGGUUAUCAAGGAGACUUGUGUAAAACAUCAUGUGACAAAGGGUCGUAUGGUUCUGAAUGCAAUGAAAUAUGUGGACAUUGUCGUGACGUAAACAAGUGUUCCAUCAACAAUGGGACUUGCUUAACUGGGUGUGAUGCUGGUUUUAAAGGAGACCUGUGUAAAACUACUUGUGACAGAGGGUCGUAUGGCUACGCCUGCAACGAAACAUGUGGACAUUGUCGUGACGUAAGCCAGUGUUCCAACAUCAAUGGAUGGUGUCUGACGGGAUGUGACCCUGGUUAUCAAGGAGACUUGUGUAAAACAUCAUGUGACAAAGGGUCGUAUGGUUCUGAAUGCAAGGAAACAUGUGGACAUUGUCGUGACGUAAACAAGUGCUCCAUCAACAAUGGGACUUGCUUAACUGGGUGUGAUGCUGGUUUUAAAGGAGACUUGUGUAAAACUACUUGUGACAGAGGGUCGUAUGGCUACUCCUGCAAAGAAACAUGUGGACAUUGUCGUGACGUAAGCCAGUGUUCCAACAUCAAUGGAUGGUGUCUGACGGGAUGUGACCCUGGUUAUCAAGGAGACCUGUGUAAAACAUCAUGUGACAAAGGGUCGUAUGGUUCUGAAUGCAAGGAAACAUGUGGACAUUGUCGUGACGUAAACAAGUGCUCCAUCAACAAUGGGACUUGCUUAACUGGGUGUGAUGCUGGUUUUAAAGGAGACUUGUGUAAAACUACUUGUGACAGAGGGUCGUAUGGCUACUCCUGCAAAGAAACAUGUGGACAUUGUCGUGACGUAAGCCAGUGUUCCAACAUCAAUGGAUGGUGUCUGACGGGAUGUGACCCUGGUUAUCAAGGAGACUUUUGUAAAACAUCAUGUGACAGAGGGUCGUAUGGUUCUGAAUGCAAUGAAACAUGUGGACAUUGUCGUGACGUGGACCAUUGUUCCAAUAUUAAUGGGACGUGUUUGACUGGAUGUGAUGCUGUCUAUCAAGGAGACUUGUGUAAAACUCCUUGCCCCGUUGGAUAUUUUGGAGAAGACUGUUCGGAGACAUGUAUCAACAGUUACACAUGUGAUGGAUGUAACGAUGUCAGUGGUUCAUGUGAUUAUGGCUGCCGUCCUGGCUGGAUAGGAUACUUCUGUCAAAAAAACCAGUUUAACAACCCCUGCUCAACGGAGUUUAGUUUAAAACGUGAGUACAUUUUAGCAGAAAAAAGGAAUAAAUGACCUACAUGAGUAGCGACAUUCUAUGGAGAGGUUACCUAUCCAUAUAGGACACUGUUGAUUCCCUUAAUAGUAUACUACGCCAUACUAUUCUUGUUGUAUAUCGAUCUAAAACAAGGCUUGACUACGUGAGCCUCAAAUCUCAUCACGGUGUAGAGAUAAGACGGAUUCAAACCUUUCGAUAGCUGAAGCAGACCUGGAUUAGUGUAUCGUCAUUUGCUAUUCCUAUUUGUUCAGCAUAAGACAACCGGUAGUGCAUUUGACUGUUAUCUUUUAUGUGUCUGACAUGACAUGUGGUAAUGAAACUUGUACGUGUCCGUCAUUACUGUGUUCAAGAAACGUGUACGUGUCCGCCAUUAACCUGUGUUCAAGAAACUUCUACGUGUCUGUCAUUACCUGUGUUCAAAAAACGUCUUGUUUCCGCCAUUACCUGUGUUCAAGAAACGUCUACGUGUUAGCAAAUACCUUUGUUCAAGAAACAUGUAUGUGUACGCCAUUACCUUUGUUCAAGAAACUUGUAUGUGUACGCCAAAACCUGUGUUCAAGAAACUUGUACAUGUCCGUCAUUACCUGUGUUAUAGAAACGUGUACGAGUCCACCAUUACAUGCGUUCAAGAAACAUAUACAUGUCUGCCAUUUUCUGUGUUCAAAAACAUGUACAUGCCUGACAUUACCUGUGUCUGAGAAACUCCGUCCGCCGUUUAGGAUGCAUCAUACAAUUUUUGCAUCUGACAUAACUUGUGUAUAGAUAUUUAAUGGAAUGAAAAAUUAGUUCUUUUCAAAAACGUUUUACUAUGUUGUAAUUUUAAGUGGAUUACAUUGUACAACGUUUUUUUUUUUCUGUUUUUUUUUAAACAAACAAGUUUGCAAAUAUUAUGUUUUAUAAUGUUGUUUUAUAUUUUACCUGGAGAGUUUUAAACAUUUACAUUAAAUUUCAAUGAAAAGCUUACCUUUC